AUGCCCGACAUCAUGCCCGAGCUCAUUGUGUCCACGCCGAGAACACUCCUCACUCGGCAUGAGGAGCAACAAAAACCUUCUUCUUCUUCUUCUUCUAUGAGCUUGAUCCGGACAAACAUAUUCUCUACGCCAGCCAUCUCCUCCAUCUGGUCAGACACCCAACGCACUGCCUAUUAUCUCCUCUUCGAAGCGUCCCUAGCGUCCGUCCAGGCAGAUAUUGGAAUCAUUCCCCGCCAGGCAGCCGAUGCCAUCCUCGACUUCUGCCAUGUCACCAACAUAGACUUCGAGGAACUAAGAAUACAAACAGAAAAGAUAGGGUACCCCGUCCUUGGGGUAGUCAAGCAGAUAGUCCAGAAAGUAAACUGCCUCGAGCCUGGUCUAGGCGAAUGGGCUCACUGGGGUGCUACCACCCAGGAUGUCACUGACACCGCAACAAUCCUGCAACUUCGCGAUACUCUCAAUCUCGUUUCCGAUGCGCUAAACACCAUCACCUCUGACCUCCACCGUCUCUGCCAAACUCACAAAACUACACUCAUGGUUGCUCGCAGCAAUCUCCAGCAAGCCGUACCCAUGACCUUUGGUUUCAAAAUGGCGCGCCUCCUCGCUACCUUCGAACGGCACAAACAGCGCCUUGCAGAAAUAAAACCCCGUCUCCUCGUGCUCGAGUUCGGCGGCGCUGCAGGGACGCUUGCCACUAUCAAAGAUGGCCGGGGUCUCGAAUGCCAAGCAGCUCUCGCCCAGAAACUUGGCCUUGCAGUUCCAGAGAUCGCGUGGCACACAGAGCGUGAUCGCAUCGCCGAAGUUGGCGGCUUUUUCGCCCUUCUCACGGGCACCUGUUCUAAAUUCGCCAUGGACGUCAAGCUCAUGAUGCAAACGGAAGUCGGGGAAGUUUCAGAGCCGUUCUAUCCGCAUCCGCGGUUCUUCUUCAACAAUGCCCCAGAAGCCGCAACUGUGCGUCAGCUCUCUACUGCGCUGUACGACGCCAUGGUCGAGGACCACGAACGCUCAACAGGGCCUUGGGAGAUUGAAUGGAUCGUGCUCCCACAGAUCUGUACUCUCACGCAUGCUGCGUUAUUGAAAACGUCCGAGCUCAUUGCGGGGUUGGAAGUUCAUUCAGACGUUAUGAAGAAUAACUUGGAAAUAACAAGAGGCGGCGUGGUAAGUGAGGCUGUGAUGAUGGGCCUCGCUCCAAAAUUAGGAAGGCAGUUUGCACAUGAUUUGGUAUAUGAACUGUGCAGGCGGAGCGUGCAGGAGGAUGUCCCAUUGUUGACACUACUCUAUGCGGAUGAUAAAGUUCGGGAGAGUGGGUUGUCGAAGGAGGAGCUUGAGGGGCUCUGCGAUCCAUCCAAUUACACGGGGCUGUCCGUGGAAAUGGUUGACCGCGUUUUAGCAGGUACCGAGUAA